GCCCGCACGCAGCCCCCGCCCGGUGAGGAUGAGGCCGGCGCUGCCCUGCCUGGCUCUGGCGCUGCUCUGCGUGCUGUGCGCCGCGGCCGAGGUGCCCGUGCAGCCGGGCUUUGACACCCAGAAGUUUGCAGGGAAGUGGCAUUUCGCAGCCACUGUUUCCAACUGCUCCAUGUACCUGAAGAUGAAGGAUGGGAUGAAGUCACCCAUCGCCACCAUCAGCUUCACGCCGGAGGGGAACCUGGCUAUGAAGCUUGCCUGGCCCCUGCCGGACAGAUGCCAGAGGUUGGAGCUGCUCUUCCAGCGGAGCGGUCAGGCAGGACACUACGUGGCAGCACAAGAGAAGAGAGAGCUGCGUGUGAUGGAGACGGACUACAGCCACUACGCCAUCGUGCACGAGACCCAGCACAGCGAGCAGCAGCCCAGCACCAUGCUGCAGCUCCUCACAAGGGAGCAGGACGUGAGCCCCCAGCUCCUGCAGAAGUUUGAAGAGCUCAUCCCCGCUGUGGGGCUGACCAAGGCCAUGCUGGCUGUGCUGCCCAAGUCGGAUCAGUGCACCGCAGCCAUCAGCUGAAGGGGCUGAUGCCAGGGCCAUGGUUCCUCCAGCCCUGGCGGAAACCAGGCUCUGCUCCCCCCUCCAUGAUACCCCUUCCUGUGCUUCCUGUCCUCCGCUGCCCCACACCAGGAUCACACCUCACCCUCUGAAAUAAAUAGGUGCAGAAGCUG